AGAGAUAAGCGACGCCGAGCGAAGGUUAGAUCCCGGUCCGCUGUGCGUGACUCGUUUAUUUGUGGACAAGUGGCUGCGAGGGACGGACGUCUACGUCGGGAAUAUAUGCUCCGUGACCACGGGUGCAACGUAACACGUGUUGGGUCGAGUACGUUUAUUUGUAGAGAAAGAGAGGACGUGGUGGCUCCGCUGGCAACGCAACGACGAAUCUCCGUCGCCGAUCCCAUUGUAGCAGCAUUAGCGGGAUACACGGAUCGCGUAGCAAAAUUUGUGCAGUGGCAAAGUAGUGCAGCCAAGAUCCCAGCCAUUCACGCCGGAAACAUAGAUCUUGAGGAAUUCGAGCGUCGCGACGGUGCAGAAGGGCUCUAUGUGCUCCACCGUGACUCGGGCGAAUGGUACUUUAGUUUCCAAGAGCCUGCUACUGUGGUAUCGCGAGAGGUGCGUCCAGGUGGCCUGUAAUCCCGGUGUGCAACAGCGGCAAAAUGCUCAACGAGAUCAGGGCGGCGGUACUGUUCUUAGUAAAGCUGAUCGAAAGAAGCGAAAAAUUUAGUCCCGAUCAAUUGGAAUGCUUCAAGCGGCGCCUGGUCGAACUGCUGACGGAACGCUUCAAGAACCACUGGUUCCCCGACAAGCCGUUCAAGGGCCAGGGCUACCGUUGCAUUCGCGUCAACGGCCACAAUCGUCGGGACGCGACUCUAGAGUCCGCCGCGAGCGCUGCCGGUGUCAGGUACGAGGAUCUGGCACUGCCGGUGGAGUUAACGCUGUGGGUUGAUCCCAACGAGGUCUGCUGUCGAUUCGGGGAGAGCAAGGGAUCGUACUGCACGCUGGCAUCAUUCGACGACAAGGAGAACACCGUACCCAUUUUCCAAUCCGAGCAUAACGACAACGCCGAGAACGAGAACAAGCUAGCCCACGUGGGGCCUAUCAAGAUACAGAAAUCCCCUCUAACCGCAAGCACGGAACAACAGCCGAAAUCAAAACCAUUAAGCGUCGCUAAUCAAAAUCAACAGCAUAGCAAUAACGGUACAGGUAAGAGGCGCAACUUGAAUAGUCCUAGGCUGCACCUGAACAGAAAUCGUUCGUGGUUCGGCCAUUCCUUCAGCAUGGGUUACGGCCCUCAUCCAAUCAGCCAGCCAUGGUAUAAUAUAAUGCCUCCGCAUUUCCUCGGUGGCCCUUCACCGCCGCCCUUUAUGGGACACCGAGGAAACAAGUGGGUACAGCCCUCUUAUCCCGCGGGACCCGCCCGUUUCCACCAUUGGUCUCCCAAAGCUGCUCUUAAGGUAUAAAGAAAAUCGUAAAAAAAAAAGCAGUUAAGAAACCUGUUUCUUUUUGAAAAGAAAAGAAAAUUUGAAACAAAAUGCGACUUGUUUUCCAGAAAAUGCAUAUUAUUGUUUUAGCCCGAGACAAACCGUUACAUUGUGAUCCAUCAUUAAUUAAAAAGAUUUUAAUUAAAAUGUAUUCGUGACAUAUUAUGUGUACAAAUAGAGAGUGUAAUGUAGUAAGUGUAAAUUUUUAUAUUAGAAACAGGUUUAUUAACGCGUUUUUCAGCGACGAAAAUUAUCCAUCCUGUAAUUACAAAUUACCUUGUUCGAACUAAGGCUUACGAUUUUUUAUGACUAUGAGAAGAAUUGCAUUAUUACAUAUUACGUAUAUAUAUGAUAAUAAAUUGGAGUAAUAGAUGUUUAACUCCGGAUGCAAGGUUGCUUGUAAAAAAAGGUAGACUAGUGGCAAUUUAAAUAGAAUAGUAAACGACGCAUUGUAGUAUAUGCGUGAAAUGAAGGUAGAUGUCAUAUCAUGACGAGUUAUUUCUUCGAUCAAUUCUUGAAAUAACUUAAAUUUUAAUCGGAACGCGCGCGCGAUAUAUAUCGAGGAAUUGAGAGAGAAUCUGUUUGUCUUCAUAUAAUUGUCGCAAAUCGGUGAAUUGUAUAUGCUUUGUUACAUCUGUUUUGUUACAUCUAUUGUUGUCAAAUGCGUUAUUGAAGCUGUAUAAUCGAAUUGGCAACGCCAUUUGUUUAAGCGUUAAUAGUUUAUAAUAUGGGAAGAGUAAUGGGAAUAUAAUAUGGAAAGUUUUAAAACUUGACGUACUCGGAUAUUUUCGGUGUGAAAUGAAGUACACAAUUUAUAAUUUCAUUACUCACUUUAUCACGUUGCAUACGACGACACGCUUUCACUCAUGUUUAACGAUAAAGUUAAGUCGUAGCUUCACGUAUUUUUUAAAGGUUUACCUGAAUCUCUUUCGGCCAUUAUGCCCAUAAUUGUAUAAUCUGAAAAGAUUACGGUAACUUUACAUUGGAAACGUUUUUGUAAGAAGUAAUACGUCGAGCAAGGCACAGAAAGAAUUUAGAACUUUAUUUCACGCCGAAAGAAAUGUCCGUGUCAAGUCCCAAAAUUCUUGGAAUUAACUCCCGUUAUUCGUCCCGUUAUAGUCUAACAUAAACUGGACUAUAAACAACUGGUUUUGUUCCGAUAUGACUAAUAUUUGCUCUAUAGUAGGUUUUAUUUGCAUCUUAACUAUUGUAUAUCGUAACCGAGAAUUGAAUGAAGUGUUAAAAAGUUACCUUUUUCAUCUCGUGUGUGUAUAUAUAUAUAUUACAAUCGAUUGUGAUUGCGUGAUAAACGUGAUUGCGAUAGAAUCUUGAUACAUACUGAUUUGGAUAAAUUCGAUUUUAUACAUAUAUAUAUAUAUAUUAUUAUAUCGUCUAUAACAAGGUGUGAGAACAAAUUCGUUCUACCCUUCCAUGCGAGGGUAGUGACGCGAAUGCAUUCUAUUAAUUUAUGUGCUUGAAGAGAAAGAAGAUCCACGACACUUGUUAUUUAAAGAUAUACUGCCGUCAUUGAGAUUUUUUAUCGAUGAUCAAUGCCGUUGUUGGAUUAACGAAUCGACGCCGAUAUUAAAAUUAAUUGCGCUGCCACGUGCAGUUAGAAAAGUUGUUGUUGUCGUCGUGUUUGACGCGAACGAGCAAACGCCGAAUUUAUUCUUGUAUAAAUUACAUGCUAUUUUUAACUUUAAAAUGUUUUUUGCGUAUAUUCGUUGUUUGCGUAUAUAUUCAGCUUCUGAUGAAGUUAACGCAUUCAAACAUAAUGUAACAUCAAUGCAAUAGUAAUAUCAGUGUCAUGUCAAUGUACAUUCGGCCUUUUAUAUAUAUAUACAUAUAUAUUAUAGAGAAUUUAUAUAUGAGACAUUAAUAGAUAAUAUAUAUUUACUUAUACAUAUGUUGGCUUUAUAUACACAAUAGACGUACGUAUUUCUUGUUUUCAUUACGGUGUUAUCUUUAUACAUUGUGCUAUAUAUACAUAUACUGUGCGUGAAUAUUUUAGUGACAAGUGUUGACGUCGAAAACUAUGUAAUUCUCAUAUGUAACUUAUUCUCUGUAAGAUCAGUUGUUCCUUCGAGAUACUUUUAUUGUGUUCACAGUAUAUUAAUUGCGAAUUAAACGUUUAACUUAAUUUUGCGACAGCUAGUCAGGGUUACUGCGUAGUUAAUGAUCUUAUCUUUGUAUAACAGAUAAAAACGUUUAUAUAUAUCUUGAAUUAUAAUUAGCACACAGUUGAUAGUAUAGAAAUGUACAAUUUAUUACGUUCUGUUUAAUAAGUUCCAUACGCUUAUGUGUCUCCAUCAUAUUUAAAAAUAGUUAAAUCCGUCAGUUUCUUAAUAGAAAUCUUCAUAAGUUAACAAUGUCAAUUUUUUCGUAGAGUAUGAGACGAGAAUUAAUAAUCGCAAAAUUGGUUAAAAAUUAGAUCUGUAAACUAUCUUAUGAAAUCAUUUCAUUAUCAAUAACUCAUUGUUUUUCGGUUUUGGGCGCUCGGCCUGAAACGCCGAAAAUCGAACGGACCUAGUCCGAGAUGUGCAAUUAAUUGUUAACAUUGUGCAAUAUUUGUUGUGCAAUGAACAACGUGUGAAUCUUCUCGAAGGAACAAUUUUUGUUACGUAAACAAGCGACAUUGCGAAUAUCUGUAAUUUCGAGAUGAAAGAAAUCUCUGAGAAGCACGAGGUGCAUUCCUACUUCGCGCUAACUGAUAGCAGGAAUAACACAUUUUUAAGUAAUCGUUUUCUGUAAUACGGUAGAAUCAUGGGGAUCGGAGAGUAAUGUUAUAUUUAAUAUCGCAUGGUGUAGAAUUGUAGCUGUGCCCGACACACGCGGACUGGUAAUAUCACUGUUGCCGGAUACAUGAGCGAUGAAGAUUAAUCUAGAUGUGAAUUGUAAUAAAAGUAGACUACGUUAGACAUUUAAUCAAAUGACUCGUUGUAAUAUCUUCCCGCGGCCUUGUUUCGCGUAACGGAAGCGUCGCAAUUUCGUGUCGACUUUAUCUCGAGGUCGACGUUCAGCAAAGUGAAUUAAUUUCUUUCUCGUCGAAUACAUUGCAAUCGUAGCCAUCGUUUACCCAACGCGAAUUAGUUGUAACGUUAAAUAAAGCCAUCAUUGACAUUUGAUUGACA